UCGUGAAGCCUCGCGAGACUUCAUGGCGAUUUUGCGACCGGCAUAAACCGAGGCGCGGCGGGACGGUUGUCAACAGAGAGAGCGUCCCUUGCGGGCGGCGAGGAUGGCGGCGGCGGCGAUAGCGACGACUCCGCCGGCCCACUGGAGCCGCUUCGAGCAGGAGAAGGACCUGGCUCUGAGGGAGCUGGUCCGGAGGAUGACCGGCCUGGAUGAGCGGAGCGGGGGCCCUCGGGAGGAGGCCGCCAACUUCCAGGCGGCGCUCGCUUUCGCCUGGUCCAACGUCAGAUUUCAUCGAUUUCUUGAUGUGAGUAGUCACAAAGUGGAGAAAACAAUAGAAGGAAUUUAUGAAAAGCUGAUUGUUCACUCAGACCUUGUUAAAGCUGCAAAUUGGAAGAGAUUAACAGAAAGGUUUCUGAAUUUGCCUCUUCCAUCUACUGAAGGAACAAAGACCCAGAUCCAUUAUGCCAUACUCUCUCUCCUGCUAUGCUUGUCUGAUUCUCCUUCCAACACCAGUUAUGCAGAAAAACCAAGAGAGAAAGAAGUGGAAAAAGAAGAAUUUGAUUGGGGAAAAUACUUAAUGGAAGGUGAAGAAUUUGACUUUGAACCUGAUUUAGAAACACCAGAGUGGUCUGAUUUGAGUGAUGAUGAAGAGGAUAGUGAACCUUUAAGUAGGGAAGACUCUGGCAUUCAAGUGGACAGGACACCACAAGAAGAUCAGGAUCAAAACAAGAAGUCAGCAUCUCAUGUCACCUGGAAAGGUGAACCUGAUGCACGUACCUGGUUAGAGCAACAUGUUGCUGCGCCAUACUGGACUGGCAGAGGGGUUCGUUUUUCACAUAGUUUGCAUUUCCAUUCCAAUUUAGCUGCUGUAUGGGAGCAGCACCUAUAUAAUAGCGAUCCCUUGUAUAUGCCAGAAGAAAGAAUUCUUGUCACUGAAACACAGGUCAUUCGUGAAACAAUUUGGCUUCUUUCUGGUGUAAAAAAGCUGUUUAUAUUUCAGCUGAAUGAGGGAAAGAUUACUGUGAGAAAUGACAUCAUGGUAACCCACUUGACUCGUACGUCAUUAAGAUCAAUGCUGGAGCGGAUAGCUGCAUAUGGGCAAGUUGUAUUCAGGCUCCAAAAGUUUAUUGAUGAAGUGAUGGGUUACAGCUCAGAAGGUGGAAUACAUGGCACCAUGUCCACACCCAAGAAAUCUAUAGAAGCCCCAUUUAGAACCUAUCAGGCAUUCAUGCGAGCUCUCUAUACAUAUUUUAUCAGCUUCAAGGAGGAACUUACUGAAAUUGAGAGAUGCGUUAUCAACACAGACACUACCAUCACUCUUUCUAUAGUUAUGGAGAAAUUGUCACCUCGGCUAGCACAGCUGAAGGUACUGCACAAAGUUUUUAGCACUGGCGUUGCAGAAGUACCACCUGACACUCGUAAUGUUGUAAGAGCUUCUCAUCUGCUUAACACACUGUACAAAGCCAUACUGGAUUAUGACAACGUUGGAGAAGCCUCUGAGCAAACAGUCUCUCUUUUGUUUUCUCUAUGGGUUGAAACAGUAAGGCCAUAUUUACAGACAGUGGAUGAAUGGAUUGUUCAUGGAAACUUAUUUGAUCCUGCCAAAGAAUUUAUAAUUCAGAGAAACAAAAAUGUUCCUGUUAACCAUAGGGAUUUUUGGUAUGCUACUUACACUUUGUAUAGUGUAUCAGAAAAAACAGAGAAUGAAGAGAAAAUGAGUGAUAAUGCUAGUGCCAGUUCAGGAAGUGAUCAGGCACCCUCAAGCAGACAGCACACCAUGGUCUCUUUUCUGAAACCAGUGUUAAAACAGAUCAUUAUGGCUGGGAAGUCUAUGCAGUUGUUGAAGAACUUGCAGUGCACCGAUGGCUCUCUGCAGCAGGCUGCAUCCAGAGAUGCAGAAAGGAAGAGUCUGUACACAUUAUUUCUGGAGUCUGUGCAGUCACGUCUGCGACAUGGGGAAGAACCUGUUCAGGAUAUUAUUACAGAACAGCAGGUUACUAAGCAGAGCCUAAUAAAGAUGCAGUCUAUUGCAGAAAGACAUUUGGAAUUGGAUGAUGUUCACGAUCCCUUGCUGGCUACUAAUUUUGCAAGACUAUAUUUGGAACAAAGUAACUUCCAUGAGACACUUGCAGCUGAUGAUGUUUGUGUGGAUAGAUCAUCAGAAUCAGUUACGUGUCAAACAUUUGAGCUGACAUUGAGAUCUUGUCUAUAUCCUCACAUAGACAAACAAUAUCUACAGUGUUGUGGGAAUUUAAUGCAAACUUUGAAGAAAGAUUACAGGCUAGUAGAAUACUUGCAAGCAAUGAGAAACUUUUUCUUACUGGAGGCUGGAGAUACUAUGUAUGACUUCUACACAUCCAUUUUUGAUAAAAUACGGGAGAAAGACACGUGGCAGAAUGAACCAUUUCUUAAUGUUCAACUCCAAGAAGCAGUUGGACAGCGUUAUCCUGAAGAUAGCUUAAGACUAUCUAUACUUUAUGAAAAUAUUGAUAUAGCAAAGAAGAAGCUUCCUGUUCAUACCUUGGAUGGUUUAAUACUGAGCUAUAAGGUCCCUUGGCCUGUGGAUAUAGUUAUAAGCGUGGAAUGUCAAAAAAUCUAUAAUCAAGUGUUUCUUCUAUUGUUACAAAUAAAGUGGGCCAAAUAUAGUCUGGAUGUGUUAAGAUUUCAUGAACUAGUAAGAGCUGGAGAAAAACCUCAGAAUGAAGUAGGAGCUAUACUUGUGCAGGAACCACUGUCUCAGCUUGGAGCACACCCUGAUACCAUUAAACAACAAACUCAUCGCAUGUUCCUUUUAAGGAUGAAACUGAUGCAUUUUGUUAACAGCCUACACAACUAUAUCAUGACUAGGAUUCUUCACAGCACAGGUUUGGAAUUUCAACAUCAGGUAGAAGAAGCCAAAGAUUUAGAUCAACUCAUUAAAAUUCAUUACAGAUACCUUUCUACAAUUCAUGAUCGCUGCCUGUUGAGAGAAAAGGUUAGUUUUGUGAAAGAAGCUAUAAUGAAAGUGCUGAACCUAGUACUGAUGUUUGCUGACCGUUGGCAAGCUGGUUUGGGAGCUUGGAAGAUGGAAUCUAUAACCAAGAUGGAAUCAGAUUUUAAAAACUGCCAUAUGUUCCUUGUGACAGUCCUGAAUAAAGCAGUCUGUAGAGGCUCUUUCCCACAUUUGGAAUCUUUAGCGUUGUCGCUUAUGGCUGGAAUGGAACAAAAUUAGCAAAAUAAAGAUUUCUAUGAACUCUGCAGUAUGGAAACUAAGGCAACAUCUUCUUUCCAGCAUUGUGAUACAGACUACUAUUUGAAGUAUAUACUGAGAUGUAGAUGGCUGGGUUUUUAUUCUGAGUGAUUACAGGAUUGCGGUCUGUAUCCCAGGAGUCACACAUUUGUGCAUAAAUGUACCGAUACAUACGGUCAAAGUGUUUCCGUAAAUGAAAUAUUUAAAACUAUGUAUAUACUAUCUGCUCUGUAUGUUAAAUGUUAAUUUGCCCUACCCAGAUUGUUAUUUUCCUCUAUGAGGAACAUGUGAAGAACAACCCAUAAAAUUAAUGCAUAAAACAAACUUCCAUUUACUUGGCUCCUAGUGUUCAUAACCCUAAAUGCAGUGUCAGUCAUUUAUGACUUUAUUAAUCUUAAAACCUGCCACUUUCCCGAACCUCUUUAAUUGGUCUAGAAGUGGAGUUAUACUGUCUACUGGUUCUGCUAGAUAAAGAAUAAGAUCAUCCACAGAGGCCUUAAGUUUUAAAUCAUAGCCUUUCACUCUAACGCCUUUGAUGUUGAUAUCCUCUCUAAUACAGCAACAUAACCAUUCCAAAGCAAAGAUAAAAGGCAGUGGCGAAAGAGGUCAGCUUUGCCUAGUUCCUCUACAGAUUUCACAAGAUAUGGUUCUCUCUCCAUUUAUGAUAAUCUGUGAGUACUGUUUGUCAUAUAUUGCGCCAACCCACUUCUGAAAGUUGCCUUCUUCAAUUGUCUUCACGACAAUUUGCUUCAGAAAAUCCCAGCUGAUGUUAUCAAAUGCCUUUUGCGCAUCAAGAAAUAUUAGCACCAAGCUUCUAUCUGGUUUUCUGUAAUAGUAUUCGCUAGUAUCCAAUGGAAUUCAUAUAUUGUUUUUAAUAUGUCUGUUUGGCAAGAAAUCACAUUGAUCGUGAUGCAUCCAAGUAGAGAGAAUGUACUUGAUUCUUUUAGCCAGAAUAUGAUCAUAGGGUUUAUAGUCCUGGUUUAAUGAAGAAAUUGGCCUAUAAUUGUCCACUUCACAUUAAUCUUUUUUUGUUUUGGGUAUCAGCCCUGUAUUAGUAUGUCUCAAUGACUCUGGAGACAUA